AUGUCGUCCGACCCGAAGACUUCGAAGUCGAUCUUCGCAAAGCCACCAGUCAAGAUUAUUGUUGGCAGGGAUGAGCACGUUUACUAUGUCCACCGUGGAACGCUUGAAGUCCACCCCGCAUUCGAUGCCCGACUGAAAGAGUCAACUGACGAAUACGAAGAUGCGAUUGACUGGUCCGCUUUUGAUGAGCAGACUAUCAAUUGUGUAUUGAGCUUCCUUUACACUGGAGGGUACCAGGCACCUCAAGCGACCUCUGCGGCAGUUGAGGAAAAUCAGGUAGAUGCGGGGGACGAGGCCCCAGCGCAAGAUGGAGACGAGGAGGAAGAAGAGGAGGAAGAGGAAGAAGAGAUAGUAUUACAUGAGACGGAAGAAGUGGAUGAAGAAGCCGCUAAUGCAGAACCACCAGCAUCGCCAGUGGCAGGGUCACCAUCGCAUGCUUCAUGGCCACCAUCCCCACCUUCAAGAUCUCCUCCACCACCUGAAAGCCCACAGUCACAAUCUUCAUGGCCACACUCGCCAUCACCAACGUUUGCACGUGCAAGGCCACCGUUGGCAGUAUCCAUAGCCCCAGACUCACCACCGUCCCAGGGCAUAUCAGAUUGCGACUUGAAUGACCGACCCUUGACCCCGUUGGAAUACUGCGACGGGGUCACUCUGACCGCAGAUCACGCCUCCGCAUCAAAGAUUCUAGACCAUGAAAGGCAAGAGCAUCAUCAAGAAGAAGAGCCAGAACAAGAAGCCGAAGAAAAUAACGCUGCCGAGAUUUAUCUCCACGCUAAAGUCUAUUCCUUCGCAAGACAACUCAACUUUGCGAAAUUGGAGCAAUUUUCUUUGAACCGUCUGGCUGAGGUUCUUGUAGCCCUGGAGCAAACGGACAAGGUCCUGUUCCCAUACUUGGUGGAUGCAAUUCGAUUGAUCUAUAAAACCACCGGUGUUUCUGACGAUGCGAGAAAUUUGCUAUCCCAGUUCGUGGCACUGCGGUACACCACGCUGGUGGGUGACCAGAUGGACGAACUUAUCACAGAGGGGGGAGAGUUUGUGGUCGAUCUGUCACAUAAACUUGCCCGGAAGCUGACAACCAUGUCAAUGGUGCUCAAAAGGCUUGAGUAUCUUACUCACAAGAAUCAGGAAUUGAAAGCAGAAAGUGCAGAGAAAGAUAAAGAGCUGAGGACUUUGAGAGAGGAGGUUAGACGGGGACCGGCACAGGGCUUUCCCGCUUUCACGUAUCAGAUUUGA